CCUUUGUUCCCUUCAUUGACCUUUACAGUUGAUGCCCAGCAAGCAUGGAUGACUUGGUAAAAUGGCCUGAAAUAGAAAAAGCAGCAACGGGAAAGAGACGUGAGUUGGUCUUGCAGGGUCCUAAUGUUGAACGACGAAUUUCGUCCGGUGGAGGACUCAGCCCCGACAUCUAUUCUCUCACUCUGCUGAAUUAUCUGGAGGUUAGCCAGUGUCCAAGUCUGACAGAGAUCCACGAGGACAUCCAACAUUUGACAAACCUUCAAAGCCUCAUCCUAUGCAGGAACAAGCUUGUCUCCGUCCCAAAUGUUGUCGGAAACCUGAGGUCCUUAAAGGUCCUGGACCUUUCAGUCAACAACCUGACGGUUCUACCAAAGGAAAUCACCGAGCUAAAAGAGCUAAACACCCUCAAUGUGAGCUGCAACAAUUUGGAGUUCCUGCCAGAAGGACUUAGUCAGUGCACCAAGCUUGCUAACAUCAACAUUUCCAAGAAUCGCAUCAAUGGAUUCCCCCCUGAUUUCUACUCGGAGCGUUUGGAUCUCCUCAGCACACUGGUCGCCUCUGAUAACAGCAUUGACCUGCUGAGUGGGGACAUUCAGAAGCUACCUGCUCUGAAGGUGGGUCAAAGUUCAUUCCCAGAUCUGUUGUUGCUCACUCACACACUCACAUCUCUUUCAUGUUGAACACUAAGACACUCUUAAUGUCUUUUCCAGCUGCAUUUAAGCUAAAUGCCGAGUUAAACGUUUUCCUGAGUAUCAGAGCGAUACUACUUUUUCUAGUGUUCAUAUCACAUCCCCAAACUAUUAAUAAUAAUAAUAAUAAUAAUAAUAAUAAUGCAUCGGAUUUUUAUAGCGCUUUUUGUCAGUGACCUCAAAGCGCUUUACAUUGGAUACAUCAUUCAUUCGCUCACACAGUCACACCUUGGUGGUGGUAUUAAGAGUUGACAUUUACUGACUGACGAACGAAAGUGCAAAGGUUUUAAAAAGAGCGUGUGAUGUAUGAGGUAGCUUCUGCUUUUUAUCAAAUGUACUAAACACAAGUUCAGCUCCUUGUUCUGUCCUCUUUUUUUUUCUUCCCAGAUGUUGGAUCUCUCAAACAACAAGCUGACUGAGAUCCCCUUCAACCUGAGUGACUGCCCCAAGCUUAAGGACAUCAAUUUCAAAGGCAACAAAUUGCAUGAUAAGCGUCUGGAGAAGAUGGUAAAUGGUUGCCAGACCAAGUCUAUUCUGGACUACCUGAGGGCAAAAGGAAGACAGGUAGAGGAUGGAGGGGACACUGACAAGGGUCGCAACACUGACAAAGGGAAAAGACAACAGAGGAAGAAGAAGGAGAAGGUGGCAGAUGAACAGGAUGAGGUGGAGGAACUGAACAAAAUGGUAGUGAGGGUUCUCCAUUUUUCAGAUGCUCCUUCAGCUCUCACAGUCAAAGUGAAUGCUGAGGUCAAAGAUGUUCGACCAUAUUUGGUGUGCUGCAUGGUCAGAGGCAUGAACCUGAGGCCGGGGAAUGCUCUCAAACGAUUCCUGGUAGCUCAGGUAAAGUUUACUUGGUGAUUUCACUACUCUAGAGGUGCUUUACUUUGUAGUGCACUAAAAGUCGGUGAUGUCUCACAACUAAGUCUUUGAUAAAUGUUUUUCUAGACAAAGCUUCAUGACGACUUGUGUGGUAGAAGGACGAUUGCAACCAUUGCAACUCAUGAUGUGCAGCUUCUCAAAGCUCCCCUGACCUAUGAUGUCAAACCACCCACCCAGCUUAAGGUAAGACACCACAGGUCCUUGUUCGGAUUCUCAGUAUUUCCACUUUGAAGGAGUUCUUCACAGCUAAAACCAUUUGUACUUAUGAAAACUAAAGUGAAUUUUUUACUCAUGUAAACUGGUUUGCAGUCCUUGUUGUUGUCCCUUUUUUAGUCUGUUGCUAAGUUGUUGGAAUCUUUACCCAAAGAGCUCUUGAGGUAGAAAGUAUAAUUUUCACUGAAAAUUUGAUUGUUUGUUAGAUUGCACCUCUGGGCCGUAAGGAGAUGACAGCUGUCGAGCUAAUAAGACACCUUCAGCUGGAGGCUGAUGAGUUGAGAAAGCAGAAGAAGAGGCAGAAUGUCACCGGGCUACACAAGUAAGUUCAUCAGUAGCUUUACCUGAAAACUCUAAGAUGGUAGGUAUGGUUUUGAGUUGACCAUUACUAUGAAGAGUGGUUACUUAUUAACAUUAGUAUGCUAUUUCACCCUUAAUAACAAGUGAGUUUCAGUAGCUCAAGCAAUAUUUAAGUGUGGGGACAGAAAUAAAAUUCAACAAUAUUAAAAAAUGGCAGAUUUUUGUACCAGGGAAUGUGAGUAAUAAUUGUUCCUCUUCAUGAAGUAAACAUUGAGUUGUCCACUGAUCAAAUUCAUGGUGUUGAAAAACCAUACUGAAUUAACCUGUGUUUUUAAAUUAAGAUAUAAUAUGUUGGACAGAAUUGAAAGUAAUAUAAAACAUUACAGUGCACACAACAUUAAAACAUACCUGAGUAAAGGUAAACUGACUUGAACUUAUUACAUUUAGCACUUUUCUGGUCUGUCAGUGUGUCAAGUGUGAUAAACAACAGCCUAAGCUUGAUUUAUUUCAUCUAAGCCCUACAUAUUUAUGCCGCCAAGUAGUCUCACAACCACUGGUGGACAAAGUACUCAACUUUACUUGGGUGAAAGUGUGGAUACUCCUGGUCAAAUUUAACUCCAAUACAAGUAAAAGUUGUUCAGUCAAGUUUUUACUUAAGUUAAAGUACUGGAGUACCUGCUUUUGAAAAUAUUUAAGUUUUAGAAGUACAUUUUCGUUUUUAUUCAACACGUGUAUUGUUGCCACACUAAAUUCAGAAAACCUAAUAACUGAAACAACCUACUGAAUGCACUGACCUGCUAAUAAAACUUUUAGAAUACAAAGUUUCUAGAAUAUGCUGAAAAGCUGACAGAAUUGCCUGCUGAAACGCAACUGAAUUGACAAAAGGACAAUUAUUGCUGUUAUCUUUUUUUUUAUUCACCCCCAGUUUUUGUAAGCGCUGAUAAAGUUUGUGCACUGCAAAACAGAGCAAACGUUUAAAAUGAUAUGAAUCAUUUUAAACCAUGGCCUUCAGAUAUGGCCAUGGGUGUACUGCUGUUGAAUUGUUGCCUGUAUCUGUCAUAGACAUAAUUACCACUGCCAAGAGGGACCGCAACUGUUAUGUGAGCAAUGUUAGCUCAACCUUUACCUGCCCGAUCUGAGUAGUGCAUGUGCACGUUACAGGUACGGCAUCACCAAUUGAACAAAUGACACGCAGAUGAUCGCAUUUUAAAAGAGAAAAGAAGUGUCAUCUUCUGACUUAGAAGCUAUACUUAAAAGUAACAAAUAUCGAGACUCCUCAUUGAAAUGGAAGGGAGUUAAAAGUACAGUGUUUGUCCUUUAAAUGUAGUGGAGUAAAAGUCACAGGUUUUCCCAAAAAAUUAUACUCAAGUAAAGAACAGAUACUCAGAAAAUGUACUUAAGUACAGUGUUUAAGUAUAUACUUUGUUACUGUCCACCCCUGCUCACAACUAAUAUAACAGCAUUUUUUGUACAGAUACCUGCAGAUUCUUCAAGGAAAAUCCCUCUAUCCCUGUCUAGUAGAUGCAGAGGGACAUGUGAUCUCAUUCCCACCUAUCACCAACAGUGAGAAAACUAAGGUUAGUAUGGCUUAGAUGGAGCUGACAGAAGAAAUAAACAUGGGUUUUGUUUGGAUCAAUUAAUUUAAUUAAAAAAAAAAAAAAAUUCAGUUUGUAUUCAAAGUAAUGAAUGAUAACAUGUUCAGCUUGCUUUACCCUACAGAUCAAGAAGACAACUGAAGAGUUGUUCUUGGAGGUGACAAGUGCAACCAGCUUGCAGACAUGCAAAGAUGUCAUGGACGCCCUGAUUGUAGUAAGCGUGGUCUUUUAUGUGUCUGUUUUUUGGCACUACAGAAGAAGUAUUACAGCCUAAACUGUUAUUUUUGGUAUAUUUUGCCUUUCACUAGAUAGGAUAGCUAAAGAGAGACAGGACAUGUGGGGAGUGGAGGUAGGGGAUAACAAUAACUGUAAGUAAGAAUGUAGACUUCAUCUACAAAAAGGGGCAGAGCCGCCUCUUUGGCCUGAGAGGACUCUGAACAAAAGACAUCUGUUGUAAGAUGCUGCAGAUGUUUUAUCAGUCUGUGGUAUCUACAGUGUUCUGUGCUGUUCUACGCUGCAGUCUGCUGGGAAGGAAGCAUCAAAUACAAAGAUGCAAGAUGUCUGAACAAACUGGUGAAAAAGGCUGGCUCUGGCUCUGAUUCAAGUCAGAUGCAGUGGAGGAUGUGGUGGAGAGAUGUACACUGAGGAAGGUUUAGGCUAUUCUAAAGAACACGGAUCAUCCACUUCAUAACACCUUAAAGGGAUUUUCAAAAAUUAAUUUAGGGUUAAACACACCGUAACACUGAGUUAGAUACCCCCUUAAGAGAUGAAUUUUGCCGACCGCUUGCUUCAGUAGUUAUACCAACUUAAGUAACGACCGCAUGAUAGCAAUACACAGUGGUCUAUGGAACCACACACAGACCUCAACCAAAACACCACUCUAUAGCCACAAAUUAUGCUCAGAACAGGACCUAACUUCAUCAACAGUACAUAUAGGGUCCUAACCACAGCCUCCAAACAUCUUUUAACUUUGCCUAAUUUUUUAGCAGAGUGACUAAACACGACUCACCUACCUUCUUCCAGCAGCCACUUGUUUGUAGCGAGACCUAGGGCUAAUCCAUUACGGACUGCAGCGGGGGGACGCAGCUCAAGAAAGAACAUUUAUAAUCAUUUCUUUAUCAUUUCCUUGAAGUAAAAAUGAUUAUAUUAAUCAUUUUGCACAGUAGACGCUGUAGUUCUUCAGCUUUAGUGUCUUGGUCUCAUUGCAUUUCCAUGAAAAAAUGAUCAUAAAUGUUCUUCCUAGAGCAGUGUCACCCUGCUGUAGUCCAUAAUAGACUGGCCUGAGGUCUCGCUACAAACAAACGACUAGCUAGCUACAUGAACAAGCGGCUGCUGGAAGAGAGUUGGUGAGUUGUGUUUAGUCUCUGUACUGUUGAUGAAGUUUGGUGCUGUUCUAAGCAUUAUUUGUGGUUAUAGAGUGGCUUUUUGGUUGAGGUUUGUGCGUGGCUUCUCAGACUGCUGUGUAUUGCUAUCCUGCUGUUUUACGAGUUGGUUUAAUUGGUUGGUUUAACUAGAGAGGCAAGCGGUCCACAACGUUCAUCUCUCGAGGGGUUGUCUAACACGGUGUUACGGUGUGUUUGACCCUGAAUUAAUUUUACGCCGAAAUAUCCCCUUAAUGGACCAAAGGGCUAAUGGCGGUGGACGGCUCCUCUCUCUUUGCUGCAGGACAGAAAGAUUCAGGAUAUCUUUUCAAACCACAACCAUCAGACUUCAUAAUUCUUCUGUAAAUAGUAGAUGAAAUGAGACUCCAAACAAUUGGAUUUCAUGUUGAGGAUGAAUAAAGUUCUUCUUAUCUUAUUGUGUAUCCAUCAAAGCAGAUGUGCAAAAUGAACAACGCAGUCCUCACUGCGCAAUAUGAGUAGAUCAGCUUGUGCGUUUGUCUGUGGGUGCUCUGAAGUUUUCACAUAUUCAAAUACACAAAACUUCAGUAAGUCAGGUCCCAAGGCCACCACCUGGGCAACAUCAGCAACUUUCAUCCAUUUUGGUGGAUGGAACAUCUUGUACUGGAGGUACAGACACUCCAGUGUUUUGGCUAUGUUGAUGGUCAGGAAGACUGAGCUUAACAUAUCUACUGGACAAAUGCAACUUCCCAAUAAAAAUACAUGUAGAAGACAUGCUUGAAAGAAAUGCAUUCAAAAAAGGAGGUUGUGUAAAUGUUGAAAAGGCAACUUUUAUACACUCACCGGCCACUUUAUUAGGUACACCAUGCUAGUAACGGGUUGGACCCCCUUUUGCCUUCAGAACUGCCUCAAUUCUUCGUGGCAUAGAUUCAACAAGGUGCUGGAAGCAUUCCUCAGAGAGCUUGGUCCAUUUUGACAUGAUGGCAUCACACAGUUGCCGCAGAUUUGUCGGCUGCACAUCCAUGAUGCAAAUCUCCCGUUCCACCACAUCCCAAAGAUGCUCUAUUGGAUUGAGAUCUGGUGACUGUGGAGGCCAUUUGAGUACAGUGAACUCAUUGUCAUGUUCAAGAAACCAGUCUGAGAUGAUUCCAGCUUUAUGACAUGGCGCAUUAUCCUGCUGAAAGUAGCCAUCAGAAGUUGGGUACAUUGUGGUCAUAAAGGGAUGGACAUGGUCAGCAACAAUACUCAGGUAGGCUGUGGCGUUGCAACGAUGCUCAAUUGGUACCAAGGGGCCCAAAGAGUGCCAAGAAAAUAUUCCCCACACCAUGACACCACCACCACCAGCCUGAACCGUUGAUACAAGGCAGGAUGGAUCCAUGCUUUCAUGUUGUUGACGCCAAAUUCUGACCCUACCAUCCGAAUGUCGCAGCAGAAAUCGAGACUCAUCAGACCAGGCAACGUUUUUCCAAUCUUCUAUUGUCCAAUUUCGAUGAGCUUUUGCAAAUUGUAGCCUCAGUUUCCUGUUCUUAGCUGAAAGGAGUGGCACCCGGUGUGGUCUUCUGCUGCUGUAGCCCAUCUGCCUCAAAGUUCGACGUACUGUGCGUUCAGAGAUGCUCUUCUGCCUACCUUGGUUGUAACGGGUGGUUAUUUGAGUCACUGUUGCCUUUCUAGCAGCUCGAACCAGUCUGGCCAUUCUCCUCUGACCUCUGGCAUCAACAAGGCAUUUCCGCCCACAGAACUGCCGCUCACUGGAUAUUUUUUCUUUUUCGGACCAUUCUCUGUAAACCCUAGAGAUGGUUGUGCGUGAAAAUCCCAGUAGAUCAGCAGUUUCUGAAAUACUCAGACCAGCCCUUCUGGCACCAACAACCAUGCCACGUUCAAAGUCACUCAAAUCACCUUUCUUCCCCAUACUGAUGCUCGGUUUGAACUGCAGGAGAUUGUCUUGACCAUGUCUACAUGCCUAAAUGCACUAAGUUGCCGCCAUGUGAUUGGCUGAUUAGAAAUUAAGUGUUAACGAGCAGUUGGACAGGUGUACCUAAUAAAGUGGCCGGUGAGUGUAUAUCCUGUAUAUGGCAGAUUCAGUUUCAUAGUGUCUGUGUCUUUGAAAUAACAGCUUUAAGCCCAUGUUAUUGAUUGAAACUAAGCAUUUAAAGGGCAUUUCCUGUUUCUUUGCAGAAAAUGGCAGAAUUGAACAAGUUUACAGCUGAACAUAAGGAGGAGGCUGGUUCAGAUGGGGAAGGAGACACCCCACCAGAACCUGCGGCGAGCUGUGAGACCUCCAGUGAACUCAUAGUCCAGCAGGUUCGAACAGUUGACCAGGAAGGAAACCUGAAAGUUGUCUACCCGUCAAAGACAGACCUCUCCAAAGAACUCAGCAGUCUGACUGUAAUUUGGUAAUAACUCAACAGAAAAACUUGGAUUUUUCAACCACAUGCUACAUGAUGUAAUCAAUACAACUUAUGUUUGAGAACAGGCAAUAAAAUCACACCCCUAUAUUUCAGGAACACAAAUAUUCUCAUUGGGUAGAUUUUUUUUUUUUGCAAUUGUAACCCCAGGACAGGAGCAGUUAAUUUUUUUACUUCCAUGACAUAAUGAAUAUAAAGGUAUUACCAAUGUUUUCAACUUCAUUAAAUAAUUUUGUCCUCUUUGUCUGAAAAUCCUUAUUUAUCUGUUAUUUGAGAAGUGAAGGAACCCCUCAUCUGUUGGGAAAGGUGAUUUAUUUUGAUUGGCAUGACUUAAAUAAACAUUAGUCCCUCAUUUUUGGUACUAGGAUACUUUUGAGACUAUCUAUUACCUUGCUUAUCGACUUACCAGCUGUGUUAAAUAUUUGACUGUACCUGAUCAAAACUCCACAGCAGCUGAUAAUUCAGGCAAAAGUGAUCCAAGGGAUGUGAUAGCACAACAAUGAUGCACAACAUGGAGGAAUUUUUAAAAUAAUACUGUCAACUUUUUGGGAGAGCUGGAAACCUGAAAUUGUUGAUUAAUGGCUGGUCAGUUACCAGCAGAGAAAAGAAAUUGGGAAAUAACAUACAAGCAAGGGAUGUAAAAACACAUCAGAGCUGAUUCAAAGAGAUGUUGACUAAAGUGCACUCAGCUUGGCUAGGUGGGGAUCAACAGCAGUGCUUGCUGCUGUGAACCCCUUAUUGGCGUGUAGAAGGGUGUGUGCCUGGGUGGAGGUGUCCUGGCCCUGGGCCAUGAGCAGCCUCCGGUGAUGUCGGCCUCCUGGUGUUUCCUGACCUGGCUCCUCUGUACUCAGCCACAUGCUUUUCAGAAUGCAUUAUCUCUGUGUGUGUGCAUGCGUGCAUGCGUGUGCUAGGGUUAGGUCUUGGCGGGGGUGGGGGGAGGGAAAUUGUUUUUUUUCAAUUGUUUUUAACAUGUAAAGCACUUUGUUCUGCAUUUGCUUUUGCAUGAAAAUUGCUAUAUAAAUAAAAUUUGAUUUGUUUGAUUGAAUAAAGUGAAGAAAAAAGAGGUUAGGCAAACACAAACAAAAGGGUAAGUGCUUUGGCAGCAUUACAGGACUUAUCAUGAGUUUACCGCCUACAUUAACUGAAAGUGUUAAAUUCCAAGUUCUCAACUCACCAUCACCACACCUGACUCCCCCUGUCACUCAAGGCCAAGCCACACUCCCAACAUCAUAAAAGCCAGCCCUCAGGCCUUCUCUUCCUCUUGCACCCUGACCAAAGAUCAGCAGAGAACAAAGGGAGUCUGAAUGUGAGUUGAAAAUGGAAAAAGCCUUACCAAAUUUUGUUUGAUUCUCCUGAUUUGUAUUAUUUCUAAUAUGGUUUAUUGUCAAAUAUUAUUUCAUUAGAUUGCUGUCAAACUAAACCCAAAUUUAGUGAUGAUUUAAAGCUCUGACGUGGAUGCAUUUAUGAUGUAAGCUAACAAAUUUACAAAUUCAUUUGACUUCAUAAGUCCCCCUUUGUAUUUUAUAUUGAUACAUCUUGUUUCUAUUUCUUUGAUUGUCUGAACAGAAAAAAUCAUCCACAGAAGACAAAAGAAAAUAAACCUUCUAAACUGAA